AUGGCUGCUGCUUAUUGCGAGACCCAAUUUCAUGGUUUGAACCAAUUCGGAUUCCCGUUCAACAACUUGGAUUACAAGUACGGAAGUUACUCUUCACCAAUGAACGGCACUGGCUCAGUUGGUCACCGAUGGAAUUCUCUGAGCCCGGAGCCACAUUCGGGAACGGAGUCGACUGCAAGCACUCCGUUUGUCAAAAGUGAAUUCCCGUUUGAUGAUGAUCUUUUCGGAAUCGAUCAGGUAAACAACGUCAAGCAACAUCCAAUGGAUAUGCAUUGCAAUCUUCCAAUGCCAACUCUGGAGUACAAUCGGAGAUUCUCGAAGGACGCCGAUGACAGCGUAUUCGUGAAAAACGAAAUUGAAGAAAACAUCCUCAAUUUCAAUGUCAAUCCGGAGAUUGCGCAAGACAACGGUCUUGACACCCAGCAAAUGGAUAUCUAUAGGGAUUUGAUUCUCCGUCAUUUGAUCCAGGACAUCAGUACCACUUGUGCCAAAUUAGGACUUCCAACUGAUUUCUAUGUUUGGACCUCUGAACAUGGAGCUCGUUGGAUCAACGAGAUGUGCCAACAAUUCUCUCUUCAACCUCCCCGAAACUGCUUUGUCACCGGUCGUGUUCUGCUCGGAAUGAGUCAGAAAGACUUUGAAAUGUUUUUGCCGGAGGGAGGAGACACGUUGCACGCCCAACUCCAAGUGUGGAAGACCGCAUUCGAAUCUUAUCAUCCACCAGUGACUGUGCAAAGCUCCGGAUUGACCGCUGCUAACAACACCAUGGAAUCAAAAACUAAUUGGAUGGCCAACACCAACAAUCAAACAAACAACAUGGCAGCUACUGAGAACCCGAAUCACCCAUUUUUCAAUGGAAACGGAGGGUAUCCAAACAUGUCGAUGGGCAGCUUCUUCCAACAAGGAACUGUUCUGCCGUCACCAAGCAAUAGUGACACGAGCAGCAAUGGAAGCAGCCAAGACAUGAAUGAUGAUGACCUCGAUCUUCAAAUGAACACUCCAAACUGCAACCUUUCCAACUUUUUCCAUCAUCCUGGUUACAUGAACUCUCCAAUUGAAUCCAUGUGCAAUGGAAGCGAAGGAGACGACGAUGACCGUGCCUACACUCGCCACCAAGGAACCGUCCAUCUCUGGCAGUUCAUUCGCGAGCUUCUCGACCAACCGAAGCAAUACGGAACCUGUGUUCGAUGGGUUGAAAGAGACGAGGGAACUUUCAAAAUCGAGUCUUCUCUGCUGCUCGCGAGAUACUGGGGACAAAGAAAGAACCGUUCACAGAUGAACUACGAUAAGCUGUCAAGAAGUCUCCGUCAAUACUACAAGAAAGGAAUAAUCCAAAAGCCAGAGAAGAAGCAACGACUGGUCUACAAAUUCCUGCCUCCUUACAACUUGUAG